UGUCAGUCAUGUGGUUCAACUUUACUGGAGUUUAACGCCCACGUAAUUUUGGUCCUUACCUCAGUUGUCUUGACAACCGAUCUCAUUUCGUAUUCCGAAUAGUAUAUGUUUACACAUCUCUCGCGGGUGAGUUGUCGAGAAGGGUGUCGUUCUCAACUUUGCAACGGUUCCAUAAUGUAGUACCGUAUACCCGUUUCUUCUAUGUCCAGAUUUUCUUUAAAUGCAUAACACCAAUGCUUUUGGCCUUGGAUACGGGAGCAGGUCGAUGUCGAUUUUGCUGACCGAGCCUCAAUCGAUGCGAUGUCGGCCGAUAGGGCUAAUCAUCGCAUGGCUCAGUCGAGCGGGCUUCCAAGAGAUUCCACAGUAGACCAAUCAUACAUUUCGGAGCUGAAUGUACGAAAUCAAGAUGAAAACGAUGAAAUAUCUAAAAAAUUUGCUGAGCAAAUGUGCCAGAAUAACGAGUCAUUUCAACCUUCUACAGACCCCUCAGAUUUGGAAGAUACCAUAACAGCUAACAUAAACAGGACUCUAGAAAACACCUCGUUUUCUAUAUAUGGUGGGUCAAGUAAUAUAUGGAAAAAUACAUCACAUCACUGUCGAUGUAAUCAGUUCGAGGAAGGCAGCACUAUGUGUCGUUGCUGUACUUUUGAGCUGACCUUUCUACGAUCGUUUAGGCGAGGAAACAAGCAUUUUUCCAGCAUUAGUUAUACGACAAAGCCGUACAACAAACCCAACACAGUUUUGUCCACUGAAAAUAUGAUGCUGUCAGAACGGUUGAUUGAAGAAGAGUUGAAGCUAGUUAUGGAUCCGUCGUACCGAAAGGAGGUACCAUCCAAUCUACAAAGUGAAAUAACUGGUGGCAACAGUCUCCACGAGGAAACAUUAACCUCUGAAAACAACGAUGGCGACCCAGGGGAGUAGGGGUUAACGGAAGGAGGAUUCCCUCCGUAAACUACAAACCCCUCGUUAUAAGGGCAACGUUGCUGCUCUAUAUCCCGUACAAUAUCCCCUAUAUUAGAUAUAUGAUGUAACGGGACAUUGGCAAACGCGAAAUUGAUUUACAUCCCAUCUGAUGAUACACCAGUCAGAUGAUACGAAGGUAAGAGGCAUUGGGAACUACACGGAAGAGCUUUACAAGAUGAUAUGGGCCAUUAUAAAUGUCUAUACAUGCUAUCUCACGUUGAUAGAACUUAUUCCAGUCAGAACAUCUCACGGUAGCCCUGUACACCCAUCAUUUUUCAUUUGCUCACCCAACGCUCGGGACCCUCUAGACUCGUAAUCUUGUAUCCCUUUAUGGAUAACAGUUACACUCUCAGAGGCCUCACUGACUCAUAUAGUAUAGUAACAGCCUUCGAAUAUUUGAUAUAGACAUUUUGCCAAUGGAUAGAUCGAGGGCUGAACACAGAUGAUGCUAAUAUUUGUCUAGCAUGGGCACAGUGCCACACCUGUUGUCAAUGUGGCUGUCUUCUCAUUUGUUUAAUGCCAUAAGGAUAUGGCAUGUCUAUAAUAGAG